GAGACUCCGAACCAUUGGAAGUUCCACGAGCGCGUCUAUCGUGUGACGCACCCGAUCUAUGAUAUUUGGGGGGUGACCCUACGGUCACUGGCCUUGGAUACCAUGCAUUGCAUGGAUUUGGGCGUCACGGGUCAUGCCUGUGCGAAUAUGCUCUACGAGGUGGUGUUCGAACAUGAGCACGGCACCAGAUCAGCAAUUUUAGCACGCCUCUGGGCGAGGAUCCAGGAUAUAUAUCGAGUUGCUGGCCUGGACCAUCGGAUCUCGGUAUUGAGAUUAGGCACCUUUGUGAAAAACAAGGACUCGCCGCACUCGGACUAUCCCAUACUGUCCAGGACUAUCAAAGCAGCGGAGGCGCGACAUCUGGCCACAGUGUGCUACCAGUUAUCCAAAGAUUACGAGGAUGAUACCCAGAUCAGGAAAACUAGGACACUGUGCUUCAAGAGCCUGUGCCAGAUCUAUCAGAUUAUCGCCGACGGCGACAUGUUUCUGUCGGACGCCCAGUGCCAGCAAUUGAUUCGGUCAGCCGACAAUUUCUUGACUUGUUACCAGGCCCUGUCGCGGGAUGCACUGGACCAGCGGAAACGCAAGUGGUCGACUGUCAACAAACAUCAUUUUGUUUGGCAUUUAGUUCGCCAGACCCCCUUGAACCCCAAGAACGUCUGGUGUUACCAGGCGGAGGACUACCAGAGGUUCGUGACUAGGGGUCGUCUAUUUCGUCUGUGA